AUGAAUCUUUUCCAUGGUGCUAUUAUCCUGCUACAAACUGUCCCGCUGCGUGGUUGCGAUGCCACCCCUGAUUACGGCGCAACUGUCGAGCACAUGUCGCUCAACGGAACAGUGAACGGAGUACAAGAAGAAUUUGAUUAUGCAGGGACACAACAAUUCUCUGUUGAAAACGUACAGCGUAUAGUCGUCGUUUACGAAAGUUCAACUAAUGGAUUAAUAUCAACCAAACUAAUCUUCCCGUAUGAAAAAGUCGAUAAUCGCAGUGCGCUAGUAGUUACGACAAAGGACGGUGAAGGAUAUUCUUUGAGCUACGUUAAUUUCGUGAUACAUCGCUUCGAAGAAAAACUACAUGCUCUUUUCAAUAUUGCAGCCCAAGCAAAAAUGGAUGUACAUGGAUAA